ACGAACGACUGGCUUUCCUCAAUGAGGAGCUGCUACGCAUUCGUGAUCACGUGGAACGCAAAAACCUCCUCAACGCGAUCCCCUUCGCCCAGCGUCCCAACCAAAUCCCCUCCACGGUGAACAGCACCACCACCACAUGUGGUGGGGCCUAUGGUGGUGCUGGUGCUCCCUUCGAGUCACCCUACCUCGAGAAUGGCCGCUGCUGUUGGCCGGGUUGCCAACACACCAACACCUCCGCAUCCUCCUGUUCCUCUCCGGCCGCCCUUGCAACG